AUGCUCUCUGAUUCAGACGUGAUUGCGGGAGAAUGGGCACUACUAUCCUUGGCCUUGGUGUUCGUAUGCGCUUGUUCCUAUGUCCGAUUAAUCCUAUUGAAGGACACUCCGUACUGGGCAGAUUUUUGGGUCUUGGUUGCGGCUGCUUGUGGUAUCGGACUGACAAUAUGCGAUACGCUGAUUUGCAAAGCUGGGACUAUGGAAAACUUCAUUGAUCCAGGACCAUACACCCUGAAGGUUCGGUUUUUCCAGAAUUAUUGGUUUGAUGUCGGAAUGUAUUUCCCAAAGUUCAGCCUCCUCUCCUUCUACUAUCGACUUGUACCGCCAACGAAACCCCGAAUACGAAAGCUUCUCUACCUUCUGAUAGCUUUCACAGUCGCUUGCAGUCUUGUGACGUUCCUCGAUGCAACAUUCUGGUGCAGAGCAGAUAUCGCAUCUAAUUGGUCUGAGGACCCCGACGCCUGUAGCGCAUUCAAUUCUAUGACCAUGAUGCGGAUUCAUUGGUCGAUGAAUUUCAGCACCGAAGUUUUCAAUGUCAUUUUCCCAUUCCCCAUACUCAGAGAUCUCAAUCUUAGAAAGCCCAGAGAGAAGUUUGCCUUGGGUGUCAUAUUUGGACUGGGACUUCUUACCAUCUCUGUCAGCAUUGGCCGGUUUAUUAACAUGGCUACUCAGGGAAACAAUUUCGAUGCCUUUGUACGUCUCUAUCAUGGUCGUUUCAUCGACUGCGCUGAGAUCGCUGUUGAGAAAGAUCUCUCAUAUUGCCAAUCCGAACCUACCGAAACGGUGGACCAGUCCAUUCUCCAAACAAAAUCGGGGGGUGUGCGCAUGGAGACAGGCGAGUCAAGGCCGACUGGUUCACCCCAUUCAGGGCUGGGCUGGAGAGCACAGAGCGGCAAAGCAGACGCUGAAGCUGACAGUCAAGUCGAGUUGGGCGCCGAAAGUGAGACGAGUUAUGUGAUGGUGACCGAGGAGAUCCAAGCGCCGACGGCUGGAAAAUCUGAAAAUCUCACAUUGAAUGAGACGCGGCACUGA